GAGAUCCACUCGUGCAAGAACCUUAACAGUCGAAACCCAGCACAAAGACCACAUUGGUCAGCCACCCAUUUCUCUCUGUUAACUGCAAAUAGUCAAACUAUAAACACACACAUAUGAGAGAGAUAGAGAUUUUGACCAGGGGUGUCUUGUGAGUGAGCUACCAAACUAAUUUCACACGCCCAAACAGAGUUUGAAUUUUAUAAUGUAUUCAUGCAGAACUUCAACUUUUGAUAACUCCAUUCUUUGACAUAAAAUGUGUAAAAUGUGAGCAAACAAAUAUUAAUUUUUCUUUUAAAAAGAAUGCUCACUUGUAGAGAUACUCUCACUAUUGUUUUCACUAAAAAGUGCAUACCUGUUAUAGAUGGUCGGUGAUAGCGGCACAGCUGCCAGGGCGAACAGACAACGAUGUGAAGAAUCACUGGAACACAAAGCUGAGAAAGAAGCUGUCGGGGAUGGGAAUCGACCCUGUGACGCACAAGCCCUUUUCUCACCUGAUAACAGAGAUUGCCAACACGCUAGCACCACCGCAAGUCCAUCAUCUGGCGGAGGCGGAACUGGGUGCUUCAAGGAUGAGAUGUUGCAUCUUCUAACCAAGAAGCGCAUCGGGUUCCAGCUCCACCCGGCCACAGCCGCCCCUCCGGUCAAGCACGAAGACAAAGACAAAACCAUUGAUAAGAUCAAAUAUGGGCUGUCGAUGGCAAUAAAGGAGCCGGCCUCGAAUUACAAGCCUUGGGAUCUCACCGGAGGCGAGACUUCCCUCACGAUGCCGGAGGCCGGCGGUGGUUUUUUGGCGACCGCCGAUCAUCACCACGGGGGAUUCGACCAGUAUGGCGGUCUUCUCAUGCAAGACGCCAAGGAGGGGUCGCCGUGGAACCAGAGCAUGUGCACGGGAAGCACGUGCACGCCGGGGGGACAUCAUAUGCGGCUGCCGGAGAAAGCUUUGGACGAUGAAAAUGGAGUGGGUUCGAAUGGCGGAAAGGGGGAGGCAACAGAAGCGCCGCCGCCUGGAAUUUUCCACUCUGACUGUGUGUUGUGGGAUAUUUCUUCUGAAGAUCUCAUGAACCCGAUGGUUUGAAGAGUGGGAUCAGAUCAAAAAAUAAGCAAUUCUUGUAGCAAUUUAUUUGCAUUUCUUCAGAAAUAUCAUAUUUUCAAAUGCUCACUCAAUAAAUAUAAGUUUUCAAA